GAUAUUUUUUAUCCUUUAAGAAAUAAAAAUAAAUAGGUGGGAAUAUAAAAAGACAAACAAAGAAUGAAAGAUUCACAGUGAAAUGAAGUGACGCGUAUUUUGUAUUUGUUUGAUAAACUUUUCUUCGCGGUGUUUUUUUUUUGUUUUUUUUUUGUUUUUUUUAUUAUUUUAUUAUAAAAAACGUUAAAUACGAAAUAAUGAAAAUCAAAGUCGAACGUAAACAACAACAUGCAAGAUAGCGUGGAAGUUUUCAACAACUUGACGGAAGUUGAAGAUUUGUAAACGACUUGGAAUAAUUUUCACUGAAACCAAGAUCAAAAGCUGUCAGGAUGGAGCUAAGGUGGUACGUUUACUGCAUUAUGAUACUGCAGAGUUUUAUAAUGGUUACACGCGCCAUUGAUGACUUUCGGCAUAUUUCUUAUGAAGAUCUGGUGGAUAGCAGCAUGUUUCGUGAAGAAGGUGUGACAACAUACUCGCAGCUGCUUUUUGAUGUUGCUAGACAGCAAGUCGUCGUUGGUGCAAGAGAUAAUUUGUACCGCUUAACGUUGACGUCUUUAACAUCUUUGGAACAUGCCUCUUGGACCGCACCGGAAGAUAAAAUUAAUACCUGCCAGAACAAAGGCCAAAGUACUGAGGAUUGUCACAAUUACAUCAAAGUACUUCUCAGUAAUGGGAAAAGUUUAUUCACCUGUGGUACUUAUGCCUUCAGUCCUUGGUGUACCUGGAGAGAGAUUGAAAAUAUCACCAGUGUGACGAGCGAAAUGUCAGGUGUUGCGAUGUGUCCUUAUUCACCACAUGCCAACGUAACUGCACUUUUAGCCAGAGGUUCAGGUGGACUGUUUGCUGGUGCACCAACUGAUUUUUCUGGUUCCGAUCCUGCGAUCUACAGGACUCUUGCGUCACCAAAUCUGAGGACUCAUCAGUACGAUUCUAGAUGGCUGAACGAUCCACAAUUCGUUGGUAGUUUCGAAACCGAAGAUCAUGUAUAUUUUUUGUUUCGUGAGACCGCAGUGGAAUAUAUCAAUUGUGGCAAGAAAAUAUAUUCGAGAAUAGCACGGGUUUGUAAAAACGAUCGAGGUGGGCAGGUCAUGAUGAAGGACGUCUGGAUGAGUUUCAGCAAGGCUCGUUUGAAUUGUUCCCUUCCGGGCGAGUUCCCUUUCUAUUAUGAUGAGAUCCAGGGUGCUGUCUAUCAUCCCGAAGAAAGAAUAGUUUACGCGACUUUCACAACUCCGAUUAACGGAAUAGCUGGUUCUGCAAUUUGUGCAUUCAACAUGUCAAGUAUCAUAGCAAGUUUCAAUGGGCCUUUCAAGCAUCAAGAGAACUUAGGGGCUGCUUGGGAAAGGCGACCGGUUUCUCAUCACAACAGGGAGCAUUGUCCAUUACCAACGAACACAACUCGUCAUUUAAGUGACAAUCAGAUAUACCAAUUAAUGGAUGAAGCUGUUCAGAGCACAACGAUGGAGCCAUUGCAUACCGUAACUUUGGAAAGAUUCACACAAAUCGCUGUAGAUGUGACACCAACUAAAUUACAUCGCGGAGUAACUGUACUUUAUGUUGCCACAACUGAGAGAUUGAUUAAAAAAAUAUCUGUACUUCCGAGGACUCUGGAAACUUGUGUAGUCGAAGUUUGGGGUCCGCUUCCAUCGAUGCCAACAACUUUGCAGUUUUUAAAGGAUACCCAAAGUUUAUAUGUUGGCAUGGAAAUUGGUUUGUUAAGAAUACCGGCAGUUCAAUGCCACCGUCAUCGAAGUCGUCAAGCAUGCCUGAAUGCACAAGAACCUUAUUGCGGUUGGAACGAGCACUUGAUGAAGUGUGCCCAAGCACCAAAGCAGAAUCAUAUUGCCACUCACUGGCAUCAGGAAGUAACAAAAUGUCCGGUACUCACUGAUCCAGUCGAUGGUGGUUGGAGUGCAUGGAGUGCUUGGUCAGCCUGUCAACAUGGUACUGGAGAUCUGUCGUCUCAUGGUCAUUCUCAUUCACACUCUUACUUUGAUCACGAAGAGAUCACCGAUAGUUGUCAAUGUCAAACCAGAGAAUGCAACAAUCCACCUCCGCAACAUGGUGGUGCAGGUUGCGUUGGAGCACGUGUCAGGGUUACCAACUGUACUGUCCACGGUGGUUGGACAACAUGGUCCGCAUGGUCAGCCUGUUCUCAAACUUGUGGCUUCGCCAUGAAAACACGUAGACGUAGUUGCACGAAUCCUUCUCCAGCUUAUGGUGGUCGAGUCUGCGUAGGACAUGAUCAUGAUGAUAUCGUUUGUAUCGAUCUACCACCUUGUCCUACGCCAGCUAAAGUUACACCACCACCUCAGAAUGGACAAUGGUCUUCUUGGGGUCCAUGGAAUGCCUGUUCUCGUCCAUGCAACGGAGGUAUUCGAAUUAGAAGGAGAACCUGUGACAAUCCUUCGCCUAGGAAAGGUGGUGCCGAGUGCAUUGGAUGUGACUUUCAGGUCGAGGAAUGUACUCAACAAUGCGGUGAGACUAGAAGAUACUCAGGCUGGACACCUUGGUUAGCCGUGAACGCAUCUAUACAAAAUGGAAGCGUGGGUUACACUGAAAAGCGCUUUAGAUUCAGCUGUCGCGCUCAAACAGACGAUCCCUCCAGUGUGAGAGUGCAAUUUGCUAAAGAGGAGGAGCGUUAUUGUAGAGAUGAUGGUUCUUGUUUACGAACCAACAUCAACGGAUAUGGAGAUAGCGUGGUCGAAAGUGGUUGGAGUGACUGGUCAGCUUGGUAUCCUUGCGAUCGACCUUGUGGAGGAGGCUCACAACGUAGAAGAAGACAGUGCGAGUCUCCACCAUGCGAAGGAAUGAACGUGCAGACAAGAAUAUGUAAUGCUCAUCCAUGCAGAACAACAACUUUUGGAAAUAGCGUAGUAGAAGGGCAAUGGUCCUGUUGGACGGACUGGUCCGAAUGCUCAGCUACCUGCGGUGUAGGUGUUCGUACUAGAACAAGGGAGUGCAUCGGACCAGAAACCUGUGACGGACCUAGACUGGUCAGAGAGACCUGUGAAAUGCCUAGUUGCGAUUCUUUACUUGGUUGGGAUACCUGGUCCCGUUGGACCCCUUGCGAUAGUGAUCGUCAACAACAUCGAAAACGUCAAUGUCUUCAACAUGGCAGUGGAAUGUGCCAAGGACUUAGUCGUGAAACUCGAGAUUGUCUUUCAGAUUGCACGGACAACGAUGUAAACGCAUUACCAUCCAGCGUAGAAACUGCCAGCGUAUCUGUAGGGGCUGUAGUAGGCAGUUGCAUCAUUGGAUUCUUCAUUGGACUUGCUUUAACAGCGAUUCUUUGUUUCUUUUAUUUAAAACGAAGAAAACCACGUGUCCCUGGUAGUCCUCAUUACAUCAGCAAACAAAACCCUUAUGUCACAGUGCCAUUAAAAGAGGUAAAUGCUAAAAGACAGCCCAGUUUCUCUGGCAGUACGAAUGGAAAUGGUACGCUUCGUGGAAAAACCAAUCCAAAUGUGAACGGCCUUGGAAGCCCAAAAUUGUAUCCAAAAAGUUUGGAAUACGAGUCUGCCACAUUGAAACGCAAUAGUCAUGGUCAACAACAUAUUCGUGCUGACCUUGAUCAGGACAAGUACUAUUGAACAAACGAUCGACUGCAUUUAUAUCGUUUUUUAUAGUAUUACUUCACAAGACUUUACAAAAUUAUGAGAAUUAUAUCAUCGAGAAAGGAUUGAUAAAAAAAAGAUAUUCAUUUCUUUUUUUAAUCAUUGGGUCACCUUAAAAGGGACCAAAAAGAAAAACAUAUCGGGUAUUAUGUUUACUGAUACUAGAAUGUAAACAAGCAAUUGAUAAUAAGUGCAUUUCGGAGAAUAUCUACUUAAUUAAAGUAAUUAAGAUGAGUUAAGUACGAGAAAACAACGAGUUUGAACUCUUAAUUUUUAACGAAAACUGAUGAAUCCAUCAAAAAAAGAAAAGAGGCCUAAUUUUAUAAAUCAUGUAAAAGCCUUAGCAGGAUGCAUGAAGUGAGAGAAAUAUUUUUUACGAGAGAAUUUACAUAGUUUAUUUUUAUUUCUCAUGUAAAUAAGUACGAACAAAAAGUAUAUAUAGAUAAGUAUGAGUUUGAGUGUGAUGAGUGAUCAAAUAUGUAUGUCUUUGAUUAAUAUUUGGGUUCUAUAUUUGUACAAAGAUUUCGUGCAUUUAUAAAUACCAAUUGAGGCUGAGAUUUUGUCUAACAUAAAACGAACAAAAAAAAA